AUGUUCGAAUCAGAAAAUGCAACUGACGUGUCCUUGCCGUUUAUGCCCUCUCAAAGUCCGGCAACUCGACCUGAUGCCAUGUUCGUACCCAACAACGUCCUUGACCUUCUCACGACGGUCAUCGACGUGUGGAUCAACCUGCUGGUCUGCGUCACCGGGGUGGUCACGAAUUCCAUCUGCGUGGCCGUCUUCUGCAGGCUCGGGUUCAAGGACACGGUCAGCAUCACCAUGACAGCCAUCUCCCUGUGGGACCUGGUCAAGGUCUUCUGCGGCAUGAUGCACAGGCUGUUCGGCCCGGUGUCCCUGGUGGACCGGGCCAUGGGCAAGUCCUGGGAGAACAUCACCUUCACGAAGCUGACCUACAUCCACGUCAUUUCCGGCAACGUCUCCGCCGUCAUCGCAGGGUACGUGGCGAUUGAGCGCUGCCUGUGCGUGAGUCUACCCUUCAAGGUGAAGUGGCUCUUGACCCCGAAGUUGACCUUCGCCCUGACCUUGGCCCUCUCCGUCGUGGUGUUCUUCUCUUACUUCUGCAUCCUGCUCAUCUUCGACAUCCACUGGGUCUACAGUGCAGACUUUGCAGCGUACAUAGCCGUCUACACCUACAACACCUUCUACAAGACCCACGGGCAGAUCUUCUUCAAAGCCUACACCUGGUUCCACUUCAUCUACCCUUUCCUCAGCCUAGUCGCCAUGAUAAGCUCCACACUUAUCAUCGCUUAUCACCUCAUGAAAGCGCCGAAGUUUAAAACCUACGGCUCCAACCUCACAUUCGUCUCUUCACAAAGAAUCAAGACUGACCAAUCCAACCCAAGCUUGACCAGUGGUCAAGCAUUAAAAGAGGAUAACCCUAUGACUCCGAGAGAAAAGCAAGUGGUCAAGAUGCUUUUGGUGGUCAUCGGGGUGUUCAUUGCCAAUCAAGGCCCGCGAUUCAUCCACGUGUUUGCCAUGAUUCUUGUACCAGAGUACUACCCCUUGAGAUUGUAUCACAACCUUAUUAUGACUGUAAUGUGUUUCGUUUCGUUUUUGGACUUUUUCAAUGCCUCUGUUGGUCUGUUCAUCUUCCUCAAAAUGAGUUCAAAGUUCAAGGCCGCUUUCUUUGAUUUAUUUCAUGUGAAAUUUAAAUGCGAAACAUCAACCGUUAAAAAAAGCUAA